AUGAGCCAAUAUCUCAACGUGCCCAAGUCUGAGCUGACCGAGGUGCAGAUCCGCGAGCUGGAAGAGUACGAGAUCGGCCAGGGGCCCCUCUCGGUGCUGCAGCAGUCGGUGCGCAACCACACCCAGAUCCUCAUCUCGCUCCGCAACAACAAAAAGCUCCUCGCAAGGGUCAAGGCCUUUGACAGGCACUCGAACAUGGUCCUCGAGAAUGUGAAGGAGAUGUGGACAGAGGUACCCAAGGGCAAGGGCAAGAAGCCGGUCAACAAGGACCGCUUCAUCUCCAAGAUGUUCCUGCGAGGCGAUUCUGUGGUGUUGGUCCUCCGCAACACGGCAUGA